UUUCAACGCCAUACCAUAUAAGAAGAAGAUUUGCCUGUUUGUUGUUAAAUGACCGUUAAAGCAAAGCUAUUUAAUCUAAUUCAGUCCUUUUUCGUACGAUGUUCUGACUGUGGUCGACAUGGCAGAGGAAGAGUUCACAGACAUUAAUGGCAACUUGAUUUCUUUAGGCUGUCAAACCCACUCUGCUUUCUGCAGAGAGUUUACCGUCACCUCACCGAAACUGUCUUUGCGUAAGGUGAUGGUCUACACCUGCUUCGUUUGGUUAUUUGCUUAUGCUGUAUUUUUCUUCACAGAGAACACGACAGUCCUGUCGAGUGCCAUCAUCCUCACUCUGGUUGGGAUGAUGAUUCAUAUUCACUUUGUGAAGGUGGACCACGAGACCCUUCUCGUAAUUGGUUCCCUUGGUGUCCAGCUCUCUUCAUCUUAUGCAUCCGGACGAGAAAGCACGAUCUUCAUCGAAAUGAACAAACUGAAAGACAUUGUGAUCAACGAGGCUGUUUAUAUGCACAGCAUCAUAUACUACCUGUGCAUUCUGAUAAAGGACCCAGCGGAUCCCGAGACGGUGACCAGUGUUGUUCCUCUUUUCCAGAGUUCAAAGCCUCGGCUGAAUUGUUUGGUUCAAGUGUACAGGAGCUGUCAAGAGAUUCUUGCACAGUCCAGAUGACACCGAGAGUCUUUCUUUUGAAACAGGAUAAAGAUUUGGAAAUCCCUUAAAUGAACCAUAAGUGUAUUGUUGGUAGUUUUUGUAUUGUCACCAACUCUAUAUUUAGUUGUUACGUCUAGUGGUUUGUUGGAUACAUGUUGCAUCGAUCAGCAAAUUUAAUGGGUCCUUUUUAUAUAUAAAAUUAUAUUUGGUCCUUUAAACGUUAUUAAAAAAAAUUAGUUUUAUUAGUGCUUAUGUUUUUUUUUUCAUGUGAAUUAGGUACACUCCUGUUUUUAAUAUUUGAACUUUGUAGUAUGUUAGAAAUUUUCUAUAUCAAUAUUCCCCUGAAAAGCUGAUCGUUUUUUCCAUCUGAUUCUGACCUUUAUUAGCCACUAGAGGGACAUGUGUGCCAAUUUUUUGGUAACUACAACCAAAUCAGUUUAUAUAGAUGAACUUGUUUUCCUUUUCUAUUCUUUUAAUCAUGACAUUUUUCUAGUCGCUGUAUUAGUAGUUAAUUUUUUUCCUAUUUAAAAAUCAAAGCAUGAAACUGUUUUAAUAAACAUUUUAUUACCUAUUUACUUGA